UUCUCUCUCCCCAUCUUCCCCCUCCCCCACUGUAUUAUGUAGUGACAACACAAUCAAGUCGGGUCUUCUCCGACAGCCAAAUGCAAAUCACCCAUCCACUUUAACCAUAGCCUAGCCUAGCCUAGUCGAGAAAUCCCUCGCCAAACGCACAUACUCUUCACUCUUUACUCCAAUCUCCCAUAGCCACCCAUGAAGCGUGAUCAGCUCUCCGAAUGCGGCGGUUGCGGCGCUCCGGAGCGGUUCUUCCUCCACAACAUCCGCCACAGGGACACCUACCGACGCCUCUGCACCAACUGCGUCCUCAAGAACUACCAGGGUCUUUUCUGCCCCAUUUGCCUCGAGGUCUUCAACGAGCCUCCUCCCCCUCACCAACGCCUCAUCUGCCUCAAAUGUCCUUCCAUUUCACACCUCUCUUGCCCUUCUUCCUCACCUCUCUCCCAAUCCUUCACUUGCCCCUCUUGCUCCAACCCUAAUUUCUCUUUCUUCAGUCUCGCUGAUGAGAAUCCCCAAGGAUCUACCCCCGACGCCGACGCCGGUGAGAACAACGACGACAAGACGUCGACGAAAAUGCGGGUUAUAAACAAGGAAGCUGCUAAAGCGCUUCUAGCUGCUUCUAAGAUCACCGCCGUAUCCAUGACCAAAGCUGCCGCCGUUGCUAAAUUGGAGGCUGAGCGGAGAGUCAAAGAAGCUACUUUGGCGAAGAAGAGAGCCAAAGAGGCUCUCGAGAGACUCGCCUUGUUAGUCCGUAAGGACAAUGAUAACCAUAAGUUGUCACUUAUAAGCACUCCCAAAUCUGCCGCCGCCGCCAAAACCAACUCCUUGUCUCUUCCAUCUGGUAUUCCUGAAAAGGGAAAUAAUUGGUCGCUUUCUGUUUCUGCUGCUACUGUUCCCUAGUUGCAGCGUCAACAUAGCACUCAUGGUAUGCCUAAUUGACCCAUUGAUGAUUCCAACAAUCUCUGUAAACUGUUUGUUUUUGUUGGUAUUUUUUAGGCUGAUGUUUCUGGAACCAUAUGUUAAAUCUUUGUAGUGAAUAGCCUGUUUAUUUGGACUCAGCUCUUGCAUUCAA